CAGAUGAUUGGAUGCACAGCGUCAACAAGAUAUUGAAAGCCUUGUGUUUUCCUUUAAUUUCCCUCUUCCCUUCAAUUCAAUUCCUUCAUCCAACUAUUUAACUCCAAUAAUUUCUCCUACUCAGUGCUCCAUCGACUCCUGUUUGCCUUCAACAAUGAUAGCAUACAUAGAGCGGUUUCUUGAUCACGACAACGACCUCGAAUCAUCAUCCUCCGCCGAUGUGCUGCCUCUUCUCACAGGGAUCGAUCUCCUCGGCACCGUGGAAUUCGGUGGCGGAUCCCUCAAAGCUUCCGCUAAAGACUUCGGGGCCGUUCAGUCUUCCAAGCCCUUAGCAGUCAUUAAGCCUUUAACCAGCGACGACGUGGCGAAGGUGAUAAGGGUGGCGUUACUUUCACAGCACCUCACAGUCAACGGCCACUCCGUCAACGGGCAAGCCAUGGCCCACCGGGGGCUCGUCCUCGACAUCAAAACAAUCGAACACAAAAUCGAUGUCGACCCCGCCGCAGCAUACGCUGACGUAAGCGGCGGCGCAUUAUGGGCGGACGUGCUCAAACGGUGCGUGUUGGGCUACGGCCUCGCCCCCCGCUCGUGGACGGAUUAUUUGGAUUUAACUGUGGGCGGCACGCUGUCGAACGGCGGCGUUAGUGGUCAGGCUUUCCUUUAUGGGCCCCAAACGGAGAAUGUAACAGAAUUGGAGGUGGUCACUGGAAAUGGCGACGUACUAGUUUGUUCGAAUAAUCAAAAUUCUGAACUUUUCUUUAGUGUCCUUGGUGGACUCGGGCAGUUCGGAAUUAUUACUCGAGCUAGGGUUUUGCUUCAACCUGCACCAGAUAUGGUAAGGUGGAUAAGGGUGGUUUACAGUGAGUUCAGCGAGUUCACUCGUGAUGCUGAGUUGCUAGUGACUCGGGGAGAUGGCAACUCAUUCGAUUACGUGGAAGGUUUCGUCUUCGUCAACAGCGAUGAUCCAGUCAACGGAUGGCCGUCGGUGCCAUUGAAUCCGGAUCAACCAUUUGAUCCGACCCGUAUGACCCCUAACGCCGGCCCGGUUCUUUACUGCCUUGAAGUAGCAUUGCAUUACAAAAAUGAGGAUGGACCGUCCGCAAUUGACGAGAGGGUGGAGAGGUUGGUGGGAGGGCUAAAGUUCUUGGAGGGACUGAGGUUGGAGGUAGAUGUGGGGUACAUUGAUUUCCUAGUACGUGUGAAACGAGCUGAGGAAGGAGCCAAGGCAAGCGGUAUAUGGGACGCCCCACACCCAUGGCUCAACCUCUUUGUCUCUCAGAAAAACAUUGCAGAUUUUGAUCGUCUUAUCUUCAAGAGUAUUCUAAAGCACGGGAUUGGUGGACCCAUCUUGAUCUAUCCUCUCCUACGUUCCAAGUGGGACAGUCGCAAAUCCGUUGCUUUGCCAGAAGGGGAUGUAUUUUACUUGGUGGCUUUGCUACGCUUCUCCUUUCCGUACCCAAAAGGGCUAUCAGUUGAGGAAAUGAUGGCACAAAAUCAAGAGAUUGUUCGAACUUGCACCACAAAUGCCUUUGACUUCAAACUCUACCUUCCCCACUACAACUCCAUGGAGGCUUGGAAGCAACACUUUGGAGAUCAAUGGCCAAGAUUCCAGGAAAGGAAGGUCCGUUUUGAUCCAAUGGCCAUCCUCGCUCCGGGACAGAAAAUUUUCCCUAGAAAUUGGCAGCCCUCGUGAUACACAAUUUAGGGUUAUUACAUUUACACUUGUUUUUUCAGUUAAGAUGUCGUUUGUCUUCGCUUUUAAUGUUGGUCAAGAAGGAGCUCUGCAAUGUAAAUGAAUAACUUGUUGGCAAUUUUAUUUUCUCCCAAGUGUAAUUCUCUUAUUUCCGAAGCCCAUAGAUUUUA